CUAUUCAUGGACGCACUGGGAAGAGAGUUGUUUACAAACAGGCAAGUGUCAGAAAAAACGAAAGUGUUGCCGAAAAUUAGCAAAUCGUUAAUUUCAUGAGCAGUAGGGUGGCUCACCACAGUCUUCAGCGAAUAAAAAUUUUAUCAUCGAAUUUUCUGUUCAGUGAAUCAUGCUCUGCUGGUAUUUACAGUGUCUGUGGGGGCAGUGAGAUAAAGCUGAGCAGGUGCGGUGUCCAAGUUACACAGAGGUAUUGGCUGUGGGCAGUCAGCAGGACACAUGGCAGAGGAAGGCAACAAGCUGACACUGAGGCGCCUGGAGGCACCGAUCCACAAGUUCAUUAAAGUGGCUCUACCCACGGACCUGGAGAGGCUGCAGAAACACCACAAUAACAUACUGAAGUACCAGUGUAGCCAGCAAUGGGACCGCCUUCAUCAGGAGCAAAUCAACGCCAGCAGAACGGUUCAGCAACUGAGAUCCAACAUCAAAGAGCUGGAGAAGCUGUGUGCUCGGGUCCGUGCCGAAGAAGCUGCUGAUCUAGAAGCACUUGUCAAGCCGGUCAGAGACAGGGCAUCAGCCGCAGCGCAAGACUUUCUGUUGUUGCACUCUAACUCUCAGCUGCCGCCACCUGCCGCUCAGCCAUCCAGCUGUGUGUCCAGCAGUUGCCACAGUGAUGACACAGUGGAUGAAGAGCUGACUGGUAGGCACAUUCAGGUCCACCUUCCAGAAAUCCCUGCUGAUCAGAGUGCAGCUGAGUCCUGGGACAAGCUGGAAGAGGACGUGAAGGAGCUGAGUGGUUUGGUGACGGAGUUCUCUCUGCUCGUGCAUUCCCAGCAGGAGAAGAUUGACAGCAUAGAGGACAACGUCAACACAGCCGCUGCCAACGUGGAGGAGGGGACCAGGAGCCUGGGGAAGGCUGUGGGCUACAAGUUUGCGGUGCUGCCGGUCGCAGGGGCACUCCUGGGUGGUGUAUUAGGAGGUCCCCUUGGCCUGCUGGCUGGCUUCAAAGCUGCAGGCGUGGCUGCUGCUCUGGGAGGAGGCGCCCUGGGGUUUGCAGGGGGCAACCUGGUCCAGAAACACCGCAAAACUCGAGUGGAAAGGGAGAUGAAGCAACUGACAGCGGCACCAAUCGAAAAGGAGUCGGGCAAAGACAAAUGACCCAACAGUUCUGGUUAGUCCUCCGACCUCAGGUGCUGGCUGUUCACUGAGGUGUCAGUGUUGACUGACCAAUCAAAAGUACAAACUCCAACUCUUCUCGAAUUGCCUUGAAAAGACAGAGUUAUUUCAACUUUGUUGUUACAAAGCACUUCAGUAAAACAUUUACGUAAUAACAGCCCUACACUGACAUUUGGGUGAGAAUGAUGGUUAAUCUACACAAUGAUACACAAAUGAUUUAAUUUUUUUUUUUCUGAACACAGCCAAGCAGUUAUGUACACUAAAGCUUUUAGUGUGUGGUUGGGUCAGCAUGAUAUGGCUGAGUAAAUCUCAUUGCUAAAGCAAAUCUAUGGCACCAAAUUUAACAGACCCAACCAUUCUUUAAAAUGCUAACACUCAGAAGAAGGCUACCGUGUCCUCGAGAUAACAUCGUUCUUUCAAAUUCCUCUUUUUUUAACAGGGUUUUUAAGUUCGUCACUGAUUGUGUCUCAUUGUUCCUUAAUGUAAAAAAAUAUACAAGAUCCUUGUGUGAGCAGCUGUACUAACAUAACUGUGGUGUUACAUUUACUUAAUGUAAAUCGAAGUGGUCCUGCUUUUAUGUUUAUAUAAAUUAUGCUGUAUAUACAUACAGACCUGAGAGUGUGAUAGCAAACUUGCACAAAAGCACCAAAGUGCCACUGUCCAAAUGCCUUCAGGGACUGCAUUUUUAAGUACCUGGCAUAGACUGAUUAUACUGCUGGUUUUUGUGCCAAAUAAAAUAUUUCUUUUCAACA